AUGUUAUUGCUUAGACGUCCCCAACACCGCCACUUCUCUCGCGCUCUAAACCUCGUCGCCUCCGCCACCGUAUCCUUCGACGCCCACAGCCUCCUCGACGCGUGCGUCGCCUCCGCAGCUGGCGUCCCUCGCUUUGCCUCCGCCGCCCAUGCCUUCCUCAUCAAGCUCCGCGACCCUCCAUGGAAUAAACUCCUCCGCAUCUACUGCAGAGUCGGCCUCCUUCACCACGCGCACCAACUGUUCGACGAAAUGCCCUGCAGGGACGUCGUCUCCUACAACACGCUCGUCACUUCCUAUGCUCGCGUGGAUCGUGAUUCCGGCGAGACCCUACGGCUCUACGGCCGGAUGCUGCGGGAGAAACUCCAACCGGACCACAUCACCCUCACGGCCUUGCUCGACGUCUCGACCGAUUUGGUGGAGCAAAUCCACUCCCAUUCGGUGAAGCUGCGCCUCAACUCGAAUCCUUUCGUCGGCAGCGCCAUGGUUAACCAAUACGAGCGAUACAGAGGGCUGGAGGAUGCGCUACAGGUGUUCGACGAAAUAGAGGAUGUGGACUUGGUGUCUUGGAACAUUGCUAUCGAUGUGUGCGCUCGUAGAGGGAGCAAGAAGCAUGCCGCAGAGAUAUUCUCUAGAAUGCAAAAGGAAAGCCUGUUUGGCUUCGACUGCUUCACCCUGACCAGUGUGUUGAAGACAUGCUCUGUGGCAGAGGAUUUGAGUUUCGGCAUGCAGCUGCACGGCUGCUCCUUGAAGGUCGGCUUGGUGUUCGACGCGCCGAUAGGGAAUGCUCUUGUAACUAUGUACUCGAAAUGCGGAGGAGAAAUGGAUUCAGCAGUUGAUGUGUUCAACGGAAUUUCAAACUCGAACAUCAUCUCGUGGACUUCGAUGAUCGCAGGAUUAGUUCAGAAUGGUUUGGCAACAGAGGCAGUGAGUUAUUACUACAAAAUGGUUCGUGUAGGAUUGUUGGAGAAUGGAGUUUGCUUUGCUAGUGUGUUACCUGCAUUCAGCAAAUUGUCGAGCCUCGAUCUCGGGAGAAUGGUUCACUCGAGGAUCGUCAAGUUGGAUGUCUUCCACGACGCAAUGGUGGCAAAUGCGCUCGUGGACAUGUACUUCAAGUGUGGCAGUGUGAAAGAUGCUGAAUUGGCAUUCGCAGCGAUGCAAAGAAGGGAUACCGUGUCGUGGACUAUAAUGAUCAACGGUUUCGGGCAACAUGGGAAGGGGGGAGAAGCCCUUCGAAUCUUCAGACGAUUGGAAAGAUCAGGAGGAGCUAACCUUGACACUGUCACUUUUCUUGCAGCUCUAUCUACAUGUAGCCACGGAGGUCUCAUUGAUGAAGGAAUCGGGAUAUUUCACUCGAUGGUUAAGGAUCGCAACAUCAAGCCAACGACCGAGCACUAUGCCUGCGUGAUUGAUAUGUUGGGCCGUGCUGGAAGACUAGACAAAGCAGAGAGGUUUAUCAAGGAUAUGGGUUUAGAAAAAGAUCCAUUGGCAUGGGAAGCUCUUCUCGGAACUUGCGGAAUCCAUGGAGCUAUCGAAAUGGGGGAGAAGUCAGCCAAAAAGGUCAUGGAGUUGGAACCACACAAAGACAGUCCAUACAUCUUGCUAUCGAACAUAUACGCGCAACAAAAGAUGUGGGUAGAAAAGGAGAGAUUGAGGAAAGUAUUGGAUGCUAGUGUGUCGGUAAAGGAGGUCGGAUAUAGCUGGUCUUCAGGACUUAAAUUAUGA